GGUACUGAUUUAAUCAAAGAUAUCUCGCAGCCAUUCUUGCCUUGUGGCGACACCAUACGCUUAAUCGCCAGCUUUCUCGGCGUUGUAAUAUACUGUGUAAUAGGCGUGUACUGUCAACAAGGAUGGCGAAUACCAUAGAGCUGGCCCAGACGGGCAAACGUGACCAUCUAAAAGCUUUAGAGAAGAAAUAUCAGGAGAAAUGGACCCAGGAAAACUUGUUCGAGGUCAACGCACCGUCCCAAGAGGAACUGGUUGGACUGUCAGUUGCCGAAAUCAGAGAAAAGUACCCCAAGUGGUUUGGAACUUUCCCCUUCCCUUACAUGAACGGCUCGUUGCACUUGGGACAUGCCUUCACCAUCUCGAAGAUCGAAUUUGCUGCUGGAUACCAAAGGCUGUUGGGUAAACGUGUUCUUUUCCCUCAUGGAUUCCACGUAACAGGGAUGCCCAUCAAGGCCUCUUCCGACAAAGUGAUACGUGAAAUGGAGAUGUUUGGUCCUGAUUUUGAGCGGUUUGGUGAAGAAACGGUCGAAGAAAAGCCAUCAGAGGCUGUUGCAGCGCCAGCGGUUGUCGGUAAAGCCACAAAAGGGAAAAUCGCUGCUAAAUCUACUGGCCAUACCUACCAAUUCCAAAUAAUGGAGUCUAUUGGCGUACCACGAUCUGAAAUCAAGAAGUUUGCUGAUCCGUACUACUGGUUGACCUACUUCCCACCCAUUUGCAAGGAAGACAAUAACUCCUUUGGUUCUCGGAUAGAUUGGCGCCGUUCGUUCAUGACGACCGACGCUAACCCCUUUUUCGACGCUUUUGUUCGAUGGCAGAUAAACAAGCUUCACGACUUGGGGAAGAUCAGAUUUGGAGAACGUUACACGAUUUAUAGCCCAAAAGACGGUCAGCCCUGUAUGGAUCACGAUCGACAAGACGGCGAAGGUCAUGGUCCUCAGGAGUACACUGCGGUCAAGAUGGAAGUUGUAGAAUGGAGUGAGGCUGCCAAGGCCGAAAUUGAAGGCAAGGUUGGCGGACGAAAAGUAUUCUUAGUCGCUGCAACACUGCGACCAGAGACCAUGUACGGGCAAACAAACUGCUUUGUUGGUACGGCUAUCAAAUAUGGGGUGUUCGCGAUCAAUCAAACGGAAGCAUACGUUUGCACUUAUCGUGCUGCUCGCAACAUGGCAUUCCAGGGCAUCUCUACCCCCCGUGGAAAUAUCGAUCAGCUGUUGGAGCUUGAUGGUAUUAAAAUCGUAGGAACAAAGAUCAAAGCGCCUUUUGCCAUUAACCCAGAAGUGUACGUGCUCCCAAUGGACAACGUCCUCUCAACCAAGGGAACUGGUGUGGUCACAUCUGUCCCAUCCGAUUCACCUGAUGAUUAUCAAACACUGGUCGAUCUGCGCAAGAAACCUGAGUUCUAUAAGAUUGACCCCAAAUGGGCAUCAAUUGACCCAGUACCCGUAAUCACUACUCCUACGUAUGGAGACUUGACAGCACCUACGUUGGUAAAACAGUUGAAGAUUCAAUCCCAAAAGGAUACGAAACAGCUGGCAGAGGCCAAAGAAAUUGCCUAUAAGGAAGGGUUCUAUAGUGGAACCAUGUUGGUGGGCGAAUUCAAAGGUGAAUCUGUGCAAGAUGCGAAGCCGAAAGUAAGGGCGAGCAUGAUCGAAAGUGGUGUGGCACUUGCAUAUGCGGAGCCCGAGGGUCUGGUUAUCUCUCGUAGUGCAGACGAGUGUGUAGUUGCUCUGAUGGACCAAUGGUAUCUUGAUUACGGCGAACCUUCAUGGAGAGCACAAGCCGAGAGGUUGGUCGCCAAAAUGGAUACAUACGGCUCCGAGACUCGCAAUGCGUUCGAGGCCACUCUGGGUUGGCUGAAUAAAUGGGCUUGUGCGAGAACUUAUGGCUUGGGUUCGAAAUUACCUUGGGACCCUCAGUUCUUGGUUGAAAGUUUGAGUGACUCCACUAUCUAUAUGAGUUACUACACUGUAGCACAUCUACUGCACGGAGGUGACAUUACCGGUAGCAAGCUUGGCCCUUUGGCAGUAACUCCACACCAAAUGACAGACGAAGUGUGGGAGUACAUCUUCUGCAAUGGACCAUGGCCCGAACCAGCUCCUCUCCCGCGCGAAAAGGCCGAUAAGCUGAGACACGAAUUCAACUACUUCUAUCCCUUGGACAUUCGGUCGUCUGGCAAAGACCUGGUUCCAAAUCACUUGACCUUCGCCGUAUAUAACCACGCCGCAAUCUUCUCUGAGGAUAAAUGGCCGCUGAGUAUGCGUACGAAUGGACACUUGAUGCUGAACGGAAAGAAGAUGUCAAAGAGUACCGGCAAUUCUUUAACUUUGCGAGAGAGUAUCGAGAAGUUUGGUGCGGACGCGACAAGAUUGUCUCUUGCUGAUGCAGGAGAUGGUGUCGAAGAUGCCAACUUUGAUGAGAAGACAGCAAAUGCUAACAUUCUGCGUGUACAUACAUUGUUGAGUUGGUGCGAGGAAAUGAUCAAGGAUCAAGCCACUUUGAGACAAGGACCCAGGAAUUCGUAUCAUGACCGCGUGUUUGAGGAGGAGAUCAAUGACUUGAUUAACAUCACCAAGGGCCAUUACGAAGCUACAAGCUACAAGGAUGCUCUGAAAUUCGGCUUCUACGAAUUGCAAACAGCUCGUGAUUGGUAUCGUGAAGUCACUGCUGAUAUCGGCAUGCACGGUGAACUCGUACAAUACUGGAUCCGCAUUGCUGCAUUGCUAGCUUCACCCAUUGCUCCCCACUUUGCCGAACAUAUCUGGUCUACGAUCUUGCAGGAACCGAAAUCAAUACAAUUAGCCCGUUGGCCAGAGCCACCCCGACCAAUUGAUAAAUCCGUAAUCGAGACAGGCGUUUACAUGCGCGGAACCCUCAAGAUGAUCCGAGAUGCUGAAGUUACCCUAAUGAAGAAGAUAAACAAAGGCAAGAAGGGCAAAGGUGGCGAGGAUGCAUCCUUUGACCCGAAGAAACCCAGGAGCGUCAGAAUAUACGUAGCGACGACCUUCCCUGAAUGGCAAAAUAUAUGCGUACAAACCGUCAAGGAUUCAUACGUAGAAAAAGCGGAGAAGGUGGACGACGUAAAAGUAAGAGAAAUCCUGAUAGAAAAAGGUCUGAUCAAGGAUAAGCGUGUCAUGCCAUUUAUCCAAGCGUUCAAGAAACGGAUGGCUGAAUUUGGAGCUCAGACCGCUUUCCGACGGACACUACCCUUCUCUGAGACUGAGAUUCUAUCCGAAUUUUUGCCUUACCUGAAGAAGUCAUUGGGUUUGGUGGACGCAGAGGUGCUCUCUGUUGAGGAGGCAAGGACACACGAAGGUGAACCUGGCUUUACCCGGUCCAUAAUGGAUUCUUCAGAGCCUGGAAGCCCAGCAUUUGAAUAUCGGAACGUAUGAGUUUGUUAGACAAUGGAGUCGUGGUUUUUGAUUUUCGGGUAACCGUACUUGGCACCUUAGCGGCUGUAUUUGUGGAUGGGAAGAUAAUAUAUCAGCAUUUUUACAUGAUAGAUGUACUAAUAGUGAAUGCGAAAACUUUGAAUGGACAUUUUGUGUGAAAACACACAUU